AGAGAUUCUAGAUUAGAAAUGGAAAAUAAAGCUGUACUGCCCUGAAACCAAACAAAGCAAGCCAGUGUCAACCUUCCAUCCGCUUGCACACUCCACUAGCUAUAAGGACGCAGACACAGACUGACAUAGAACAAUACAUACAAGCCGCACUACAACCCUUACCAUCGAAUUACUAGGCAGGUAAAGAUUUAUAACCCACGACUAGUGCUUAUUAACCUUUUUUCUGCCUUUGACGUCUUCAAUACAAUGUGAAAACCUAAAUUAUUUGUAACAAGAUCAUAGAUUCUCGACAACAGGUGAGCUUUACGUUUUAUUUAAACCCUUUUCCUUUUAUUUUACUGUUGUAUUAUAGCAAUCACGUUAUAUGUGUAAUAGGUUUUUGUGCCCUGUUUGUGUUUACUUUCUGAGUGUGCUAUGAUGUCACCCCUGCUACCUGUAUUUAAUUUGAUCGGAGGUACGUCUUCCUUCUUGCGUGAACUCUGUGCUUUUGUGUUAAUUUUGCAGUUCAUAAAAUUUUUCCAGAAAUAUUAUGCUUUGCAUGAAGAUUUUCUAGGCAAAAGCAGCUUUCUAUUGUGGGAACACAAAUCCAGUCUAGAGAUUUUUGAAACCUGACUUUGUUUUUUGUUUUUUUUAAUCUCUGCUAUUCUGGAUUUAAAGAGCUCUAGGCAACAUAACUGCUACGGCAUGAUUCACAAGGAUUACCAUUUUUUUUUAAAUGUUUUUGUUUUGAGUUUUUAAGCAUAGUACAAGAAAAAGACUGAUCACGUAGGGUCUCUGUUAGUAGGAUGGUACAGCAUGUCAAACUUUUUGUGAAGGCGUUGUCUUUGUUAUGCAGUGGCUUAUGGUAUAUAGGUAAAUUUUUGGCAUUAACCACAGCGUAAGAGCCAUAGUAAAGGAACACUAUAGGGUCUGGAACACAAACAUGUAUUUCUAACCAUAUAGUCUCCCUGCUGCCCACCCCUCUGUGACAUUAACCACAGAGUAAGAGCCAUAGUAACUCAAGUUAUGGUCUGAAACCAGAAUGCAAUCUGUUGUAAUUGUGUACAGAAUUGAAACUUCUCAUCUUCCCUUACCUUUAUUGUAAUAUUAUGCUCAAUUAUGUUUAAAGGAACACUAUAGGGUCAGGAACACAAGCAUGUAUUCCUAACCCUGUAGUGUUAAAACCACCAGCUAGCCCCCCUGCUGCCCCUUCCCCCAUGCCUCCCUAAAUAUAGUAAAAUAUUACUUGUAUUAAAGUCUGCAGCUGCUGGCUCUGCCCCUGAUCUGCCUACUUUGCUGACAUCAUCAGGAGUGAUUCUCUGAGCCAAUCACAGUGCCUUCCAAUAAGAUUGGCUGAGACUGUCAAGGAGGCAGUUUAGGAUCAGAGCAAGCACAAGCCAAACACAGCCCUGGCCAAUCAGCAUCUCCUCAUAGAGGUGCAAUUGAACAUUGAAUGGCAGUACUGCACACUGUGUAGAGGUGCCCCAGGAAGCACCUCUAGUAGCCAUCUGAAGUCAGUGGAGUUAUCCCUAGGGUUAAAUGUAAGCACUGAAUUUUCUCUGAGAACACAGUGUUUACUGCAAAAAUCCUGAAGGCAAUGAUUUUACUCACUAGAACAAAUGCAAUAAACUGUAGUUGUUCUGGUGACUAUAGUGUCCCUUUAACCUGUAUCAGUAGUCCAUGUUUUUAUUGAUAUAUAUUCUCUCUACAUGGAUAAUCCAUAAAUCGAGGUAGGUGGUGCUUUCAGGACUUGUUUGGAAAUCUCUACAUGAUCAACCUUUGUGACAAGCUCUUAGUAAAAUAGUCUGUGGAUUAAUAAUACAUUCACCCAAAAAUUAUUACCCACAUCUAAACUCACCCCAACUUAUGUUUCAGCAAACAAACCUCACUGGGAUAUAAUAUUAACACUUGUAUCUGUUGAUGAAUCAUGUUGUUCCCUUCAGAUUUCUAUUGUAGAAUGUAGAAUAAUUAGAAUUUAAUAAACCGUAAAUCCUGGAUCAUUGUUGGUCUUUUGAGGAUUGAUUUAAGAAAUUGUUCUCCAUGACUCGGUUUGCAAAGAGAUCCUUUGAAAUUAAGAUGUUUAAAAAUUAUUUUCAUGGAAUUGUCUAAUUAAUGCUCCAGGGUCUAGAAAAUCUGAGGAGUCUGCCAUUUUCUAGAUUUAUUUGAAGGCUGGAGAAGGUAGCAGGGGGCCCUAGCAUACUUCAGCAGGAUGUGCAUUAGGAUGCCUGUUGGAGUGGAGGAGUGAGUUAAGGGAUGGAUUUUUGCCAGACCUUUACACUGUGUAGGUUUGCACAUUGGCUGGUGGCCCACAGGGUUAUUUCCCAGGAGAGUGCUGUAUUUGGGUUUGACAUUCCUCCAUCACAGGUCCAGUGCAAUUCUGCCAGAUUAUAAUGAGUAUGUCUGAUGUCGCUGGAGGUGUUUACAAGUGAUCACAGAUAUAACAGGUGGCAGAAGAGUUGCGGAAUACAGUCUGUGUCUCUUGGGCAUGCACAGAUUUAUGUGAAUGAUCCGAUGUGCUGUGCAGAUCACUGAUUGGGGCUGCAGCGAUAUGUGAUUUUGUGCCACUCCAGUAGCCUCCACCUGUCAAACCCAUAUAUAUCACAUGGGUUGCAAUAUACAGAGAUAUGUGAGUUUCUUGCACACAAAAAAAUCCACUCAUUUGUACCUGCCCUCCAGGCCUAAAGUUGCCAGCCCUCCCCUGGUCAAGUCAGUGUUAAUUUUGGCAGCAAAUUUCUGUUCGGUUUUAGUCUUUUGACUAAAGCCAUUUUAGUUUUAGUCGUAUUUUAGUCAUCUAAAUUGUUUUAGUUUUAAUUGACUAAAUCUCAAAAAUUUUAGUUGACUAAAAUUGUUAGUCAACAAAAAUUAGCACCAGGCCAAGUUAACACAUUGAGUUCGUGCCUGACAAUUAUUUCAAGGACACAAACUCAACAUCACUACUAUUUCAAUGAACUGAUCUCUUUAGUUGCCCUAUUGAACCUGCAAAACUUGUUUUUUCCUUACCUAAAAGUUUCCUUAAUACCGUUUUAAACCGUGUUAUCAUGGUUAUCUACCUGCUCCUGUUACAUGUUCCUAUUUGUUCCCCUGCUAGGGGAAGGUCCAUAUGCUUUGCCAUUGUAAUUCAAUCUCACAUCUUGAAAUUCUUGUUUUUCUUUCUUCGUUCUUUCAUUAGAAUCGCAUAAAGUGGCUAACAUGUCAGACCGUGAUACAGCACUGGUAAGUAACUAUGAUUAACACAUAGAUACAAUGUUUAUUUUACUUUUUAUUAAUACAUAAAAAUAUAAAGAAUGAUUGAUAAGCGGAAAGAUGGAAUCCGCAAUAGAGAGGGUCUGCAUUUUCUAAUAACCAAUAGAGUGGUGCCCACUUGCUGUUCUCUAAUUCAGUCACUAUGUGUCAGUCCUCUGCAAUGCCAAUAGUGAACAGGGUGCUUGCUAUAUUGCAAUGCAGAGCUCUAUCAAUCUGUCUGUCUGUCUAGUUAUCUAUGUAGAUUUAUUUAGUGCACACUGUGCAAGCUCUGUUAACAGAGUGCCACUUGAGCCACCUUUCCUUUCAGAGUCUUGAGCUACCUCUUAUUUUGUGUAGAGCCUAGCGUUGCCUCUACCUCCUUUAGAGCUAUGCCACCUCCUCAUUUUUGCAGAGCCCUAGUGUUCCCUUCGCCCUCAUCGGAGGCUUGUGCUACCUAAUUAUUGCCUAACAUCAAACAGAGCCUGCAGAUGCGUCCUCCCUAGUGCAAUACUUAGUGCUGCCUCCCCAAUGUAAGAUUAUGAUACAUGCAAUGUCUAAUAUCUGCUUGUAGAGCUGAGUCUUUGAUUCCUACAAAAUCUAUUGAUGAAUUCUCUAUGGACCUUACUAUUCCUAAUUUCUUCAUGCAGAGCCUUGUGAUGCUUCCUUCCCACCUAUACAGCCUGAGGCUGCCUCUUUCAACUAGUCCGACAAAUUAUUGUGGAAACUGAAUUUAUGUACUGAAUGCUUGCUUUUUUUCAACAUAAUAAUGUCAUAGUAAUAACAGGAAAACAAAUUAGCUUGUAUUAUGUUAUUUGAAUUUUGCAAAUUUUUGUAAUAUUCAUUAUUUUUAGUGUUGCUACUUUUUUUCAGAUUGUAAUCAAUUCUAUGCUCUGUCAUGCAAUGCUUGAAAGGGCUAUCCAGCUGUGUGCAGAAUUCAUGUGUCCCCAGUGGGAAAUCUAUUAACCUACUACAUCCUGGUUCCCAAAACAACCACAGUGAUUAUUAGUUUAUCGAUUUGACUGUGGGAAUACAUUAAUUCCUUUUAAUGCAGGAUAAGUUGACAUAAAAACUUAAAAGAUCACUAUACCAUUGUAAAACAAACAUGUAUUCCUAACGCUUUAGUGCCCCUGUCCCUAGAUAAAUUCAGGGCCAUCCCCAUUUGCAAUGAAAAAUAAUUUUAAAAAAUAAAUAAAUUUUCAGUGCCAAGACUCCUCUGCAGGUCCAGUCCUCUGCUCCUUAUAGAGGAGCACUGGAGACCUAAUGGCAUGCACGGCUUGCACUGCUCAAGCAACCAAUGUUUCUCAUAGAAAUGCAUUGAAUAAAAUGCUUUCCUGCAAGCUGCAACAUCCCAUGACCAAUUUUACUCAGUACAGCAGGAACGCCUCUAGUGACUUUGUGGAAGAUCGCACUAGAGGUGGAUUAAACCAGUUUCCAGCAAACUACAUUGUUUUACAUUGCAGGGUUAAAAUGACUGGACCACGGUACCCAGACUACAUCAUUGAGAUCAAGUGGUCAAUGGGACUUUAGUGGUCCUUUAAUAUACAGUAGGAUGAGUAAUCUGAUGGUUCAGUGCUAUGUCUACAUUGCUGAUCCAUCAUUAGCUGUCGUUUCUCCUCUUCCAUAUACAUCUGAUCAAGGUUUUCUUUUUUCCCUAACUCACUCCAGUUAUUUCCAAUUCAUAUUUUUCCAUCAGAAAGAACUGGAAGAUGUGGAGAAACACAGAGUUCCAAGGAGAAUAAUUCACUUUGCUAGUGGAGAAACCAUUGAGGAAUAUAGCACAGAAGAAGAGGAAGAAGACGAAGAGGAACAUGUUGACUUUAAAAGUGUGGACACGGUUAGCCUCACUAUCCCGUCUAGUUAUUCGUUGGUGAAAUUUCAUGUAGUUGUUACAUGGGAGUGGAGUGGUUUUCUGAUUGUAGCAUAUGAGGCAGUGAAUAUGUGGCCAAAGUGAAAUGAAACCAGUAAAACAUAUGUUGUUCUACAAGCUCUAUGUAUGUUAGCCAGGAAAUGGAAUGCCUAAUCUUAAAGAAACACAAAAUUAAUUAUUAACUACUCAGUGAUAUGUGCUGAGUUGCAAAAUAUGUUUUUCUCAGUAAUAUGAUUUUUUUUGUGCAAAAUUUAGGCUAAGAUAGACCAGCUGUGUCUAGAGCUUACUUAAUAAGGUGGUCUGGGUGCAAUGUCCCUGUCCCACUUAGUCUUGUAAUAUAAAACAUUUACAUUUUAAGACAGCCUGUAGUGGCUGUCUAACUCACAGCCAUUAACCCCUUAAGGACCAAACUUCUGGAAUAAAAGGGAAUCAUGACAUGUCACACAUGUCAUGUGUCCUUAAGGGGUUAAAGGCACUUUCAGGAGUUCACCGGAAUCUGGUUCGCUUAAUGAUGCUGGAUGUCCUUGUGCUCUGCAUGAGGUCACCCAGGGCCAGUGAAAUCCCCGUAGGAAAGCAUUAAGGGGAUGCUUUCCUAUAAGGAAGGUCUAAUGCUCUCGCAGAGCUCGCAGCGCAUGCGCAUUUGGACCCCCUGAUGGAUGACAUCAGAGGAGGUUGAGCUCUGCUACAGGGAGAGGGAUAUAGGGGAGUACAGGCUGGGGUUAAGAUGCCCAAGGGGAGGGGGCAGUGCCACUACAGAAUGCCUGUUCACAGCAUGCUGAUAUCAGAAUUCCAACAUGCACUGGACUGACACUAGCCAGCCUCCUACACCUCCAGCAACAAAGGGAUUACACUCUGCAUGUACAGACUUCAGGCACCUUAAACCCUUGAUUAGAUUGGAGUAACCCAUUAAAGUCCUACUCAGCUGUACCAGAUGUUAGAAUGUGUAAGAGACACAUAAUGGUUAAAAAAAUGAAAAAUAAGUCAUGGUUUUGCAUGGGCACAGAAACAAAGCAGUGACGCUACCUUGAGUGAAAUGUUAUCAUGGCUUAUGUUUUUUAUACAGCCAUAGAUGGGCAUGAAGGUGUUGCCACCAACAUUACAAAUUACUGAAAACAUGACAAAUUCAGUGGCAAUGAGCAAAACAUUUGCCUGGCUGGGUAGUUGCUUUGCACAUGGCACCCAAAAUAACUAGAAAGUGUUUAGUAUUUUUACUACUGUGAAAAAUUAUAUCCGUAAAAUUAUUUUCGCUGUGCCAAUCUAAACUAUCCAAGAACACUCUAGAACAAUCUACAUAAACUAUCUCUAGAAUGUAAGCUCAUUUGAGCAGGACCCUCAACACACUCUGUCCAACUCGUCUUGCUGCCAAUACAUGUCGGUAGUGCCCCAAUUGUAUAUGUAAUUUGUUGGCGUUCUAUAAAUAAUAAUAGUUUAAUCAUUUAAUCGUGAACAAAAUGAAAAAAUCUGGAACUCUAAAAAAAAUCUAUGUGAACUUGAUUCUAUAUUAAUCCGUUUGAAUCUUGAAACUCUUCAUUUCCCGUUGUUUCUUUUGAGGGACCCUCACAGUAUAAAUGUUGCUUUCAUGUCUAGAAGCAAGAUCGAAAUCAGGGGUUUCUGUGAGAGUGCCACCACUAAGGCACUACUUGUUGUACCCUCAGUCAAGAGACUGGUUAGAGUAUCUAAUCUAGACAUCAUAUGCACUUGGUCGCUAUUUAACCUUAGAAAGAGGCUAGGGAUCUUAACCCUUACGCUCUGCCGAAGAUCUACUUCUAAGCACUAUUUGUACUCCUACCUCUAUUGCUCGCCUUAAAGACUUCUCUAGGGCUGCACCAUUCCUAUGGAACGCCCUUCCACUCUCUGUUAGACUUUCAUCCAGUCUCCACUGCUUCAAAAAAUCUUUUAAAACUUACUUCUUCAGGAAAGCGUAUCAAUUAAACUGUGAACAGAUUUCUUUCCUUGCACCCUGAUUCUUCUCCUGCAACUGUCAUUAGAAUAAAGCCCUCAGUGAACAACCUACUUUUUUACCCUAACCUUCUGAUUUGUGUCCGUAUACCCCACUGCCUCUAGCAUGUAAGCUCAUUAAGCUGGGACAUCAACCCCUCUGUUCCUGUGUGUCCAACUUGUCUGGUUACAAAUACGUGUCUGUUAGUCUACCCAUUGUACAGCAUUGCGGAAUUAGUUGGCACUUUAUUAAUAAUAGUAAUAAUUAUGAGAUGCCAGCUUAGGCCAUGGUUACAAUGGUAAACAUUUUUUUUAUGUAUUUUAAAACUAGUUCAGAAAUCCACCAUAUUUUUAAUAGGUUCACUGAUUUUUUACUAAACUGUCAUCAUGGUGAUUUCACCAGCAACUCUUAGUUUAGAAAAAAAUAGUUGCAAAGUUAAAAAAAAAUUGCAGUUGAAGAUAUUUUUUAAAUCAGUGAUCUUGUCCUACUAUUUUUAAGUUUGUUUUUGACUGACAAAUCACUGUUUAGUGGAUAUACCCCAAUGCGUACAUCACCUGUUUUUCCAUAGCAUAAUUAAUAUUAUGUUUUACUUGCUAUUGUUUGAUCUCUUACAGACACAGAUGACCUGGGGAACCUACACAAAAUUCUGGGUGCUUAGAGUUGCUACAUCUGUCUUCUUUAGUAAGUUAUCAGGGCAAACAAGAUCAAAUUAAAUCCUAUAGGUUUGUCUGUGGACAUAAAAAACAAAAAACAAAACACAGUUUAUGAAAGUUGUUUCUCCUUUUUCUUCCCCCCUUUCAGUUUAUCUGGAUUUCAUUGUUGUAUCAUUAUAGAAGUCUGUUAUAUUUCAAGAACUUCCAACAGCUGAUACUCAAAGGGUGUCAGGAUUACAAGUUGAUCCAGCACGCCGAACCUAGGACUAAGGAUAAUGUCUAACCAGACCUUAGAAUGGCCGGACUUAACGUACCCAAGAAUAGUCAAAAUACUUGCUGAGGUCAGGGAUGCAGAAUGAGACACAACGAUGAUGUAAAGCCAAAAGUCAAAGAUACCAGAAAUUAGGGAAGUCAAAAUAAAGCCAAAGUCAAAAACCACAAUAAAACGAUCAGGAACACACUCUCGGAUAACCAGCAAAGGGAAACCCUGACAGGGCACUGAUCAGAAGGCAAUCUGGGUUUAAAUAACCCUCCUAAAGCUGUAAUUCACACAAAAGGAUGGUCACUAUAUGCUCUGAAACACACAAGACACCUUAGGUUAAAGUGGUCCCUAGAGACACUCGAAAUUACAAGUAAUACAAAGAAAAAAAACAAAAGGAAAAAUUGUGUGUAAUCACCCAAAGUGCUAAAUAGUACAACCUGUACUGUAGUCAGUAGAAUCUACCAUAAGCACCGUAUAUCUGGUGGAAUAAAACACAAAUAUAGUGCAAUACAAUAAGCACAAGCGGGUGGUAUUGCAUUGCACUAUAUUUGUGUUUUAUUCCACCAGAUAUACAGUGUUUAUGGUAGAUUCUGCCAACUACUGUACAGGUUGCACUAUUUGUUAUCACUUUUGGUUAUUCCACACACAAUUUUUCCUUUUGUUUUUUUUUCUUUUUAUUACUAAAGCUGUAAUUGGCUGUAUGUGGCCUCUGACCCCAAAACGUGCGCGCAUGUCUAUGACGUGAUGUGGCACGCACGUAAGCACCAUCUUUAAUGUGGGCAAAGGCUAUAUCCCCAUUAAAACUGGAACCUAAGCGGCCUGCGUCUCUAGGAACGCCAGACACGCUGGGGACCAGGACAGAAGGAGGUCGGGCAGUGGUCUGCCGUGGGUAAGAUAAGUAUUUAUUAUUUCUGUCGGCGUGACCGCUGUGUUUCUGUGCAGCCACGCCGACAGAAUCCCGCUGCACCGUGACAAAGGGUCAAAAGGAUUGUUUUUGGCAACUGGUCUUUCCUCAUAUAAAGAAAUAUAUGAGAAAUUGGAAAAAGGUUCCCCACGUCCUUACUCAUAAGUAACACUGUCAAAGAAAGAACACUUGAAAGUAAGAGUUUCAGAAGACAGCUGAUAUUACCAGGGAUGUCCCCAGUAGAGACACGAAAUCCUCCAUAGUGCUUAUCCACACUGACCAAGUGUUGUCAUAGCCUGAGGCUUGUCUGAAACUGAUUUAAUUUGAGCCUUAGUUUUCAGAAGCUGGAGGAUGUCUUUAAGAAGUGGCUUAAUGUCCAAUUUCAAUGGUGGCAUUUUAUCUUCAUCAUCAGAAGGAAAGGUGAACAGUUCUUCCCAUAUGAAACAUCCAAUAAGAAACAUCUAUGGACUCACAGCUGCUGCCAUCCUGGGAUAUGGUUGCCUUCAGACUUGUGGCAUAAUAUUCCCGAUAUCUCAAGAGCCAGACUUGUGAAGGACUUUAGUUUUCUUUGAUCAACCGCUGUGAGGAUGGGGAAUUGAUCAAAGAGUGUCUGAAACAUUUACAUUUUUCCCCAAACCCCUAACCUUCAACCCAUCCCAAUUCCUAUAGUCCCAAACCAUAUGAAGCACAUACCUUACAAAACACACAUCUAUUAAGUAUUGUUAUAGAGGGGGUAGUAUGACCCAAUGAAAUAAAAAUAACUCUAAAAAGAAAGAAUAAUCCAUACUUACUCGUCAAGGUCUUUCUUGAAGAUCUUUUAUCAUUUGCCAUAGAAAACACACAUUGAAAACAAGAGGCUAAGCUUAAUGCAACUGUAAAACACUACCCUAUAAUCACAGCUUGCGUAUUUUAACCUACAUUUUGUAGUUUGGCUUCCAAUAUCCUGUAAUACAGUAUACACUAUUUAAAUAGAUUAGCGUGGUAUGUAGUUGCAGUGUGGAAUUUCUUAUCACUUCUAACACAUCGUUUAUUGUAUUUUUAUUCUAGCCUGUGACUUUUUAGGGGGGAAGCUGGCAUCCCUGUUUGGUUUAAAUGCCCCAAAAUACCAAUAUGCCAUUGAUGAAUACAACAGGAUGCAAGAUGAGGUAAAAAUGAAACAUUAUGUUAUAUGUUAUCCUAUAAUUCAUAUUUGCCUUUGUGGGAAAUUUUUGGGCUUACUACAAAUGCAAGCUAUGCUGACUAUCUCCAAUUCUAUCUACUUGCUUUAAAUGAACACUAUAGGCACCCAGACCACUUCAGCUCAUUGAAGUGGUCUGGGUGCAAUGCCCCUGUCCCUUUAACCUUGCAAUGUUAAUAGUUGGAGUUUCUAAAACAGCAACUAGAGGCACUUCCUGCUUGCUAGGCGACGGGUGAAGUCGGAGGAUGCGGAGUGCCAACUUAGCGCUGAAGGAGAUCGACGCUGGAAUCUGGUGAGUAAAGUAGUUUUUUUUAACCCUUACGGUACGGGGGUUGGGGGGAAGAAGGAAGUGCAAGCGACACAAUAGCGUUAGGAUUAUAGAUUUUGUAUUCUAUUGUGUUCUACUAAGUUAUGAUGAAUGAUAGAAAAUUGCUGAAAUGUCUGCAAUAUACAAAGAACACUCAACAAUAGGAAAAAAUUGAUUCUUUUAAAUUAUUUUUUUUAUUUUUUUUACAAAUACUGCAUUUUGAAGACCAUGUUUUUUUCUGUAAGAAUGCUUGCAGAAAUAUGCAACUGAAGCUUUUUUUUGUUUGUUUGUUUUUUAAAUGUAUGCAGUAGGUGACUGUUGUCCUUUAAUUGUUAUAGUUUGGUUUAAGACCAAAUGUAACAGUUUGCCAUCAUUUCAGCCUGUUCCUUAAAGACCUUAUGGCACACUGGAUGUGCUGCUGAAAUAGUUUUGGUAAUUCCAUACAGCCCUGCAGUCUUAACUGAUUUGGUCCAUAUAUUACGGUUCUCUACUGGUCCAAACUUUCAAAGCUCUAUUGAGGCCUAUAUUCUCCACAAUGAUCCUUCCUAGAAUUAGGUUAUAUGCACCCAUUCACAAUCUGUCCCACACCAAACCCAAACCUGACCUCUUAUUGUCACGUCCCUGAAACAAUGGACCUGUUAGGUGAUUCCAAUUUGGAACAAGGUCUCUAAAUAACUAGCUCUUAUAACAUUAUUGGUCCCUAAGAGGUUCACUGGGCAGCAUUUAACGCUGCUAAACCAAGACUCUAUGUGCUUUGUAAAAAAUAUAUAUAAAUAAAACCAGAACAAAAACACAGUAAAAGAUAUUUAAGAAAUUUACAUUUACAGGGUCACUUACUAAAGUCAUAAUUCAAAGUGAAUUUCAAAUUUAAGGCCAAAAUAUCCAAAUUGGAAAAAGUCAGGGCCAGUCAAGGAAAAAGAUGCAUUUUGCCGCCCCCAACUCAAAAACUGUGUCUUCAACUAACCCCCUUUUGAAUUUCUUACCCUGCUUAUUGUAUUUUACCCCUCUUUAGUGUUUUACACCACCUUUGUAUGUCUCUUACAACCCCCUUUGUAGGUCUCUUACAAACCCCCUUGUGUAUCUCUUAUUUCCCACAGCCCCUCUGCGUGUCUCUUGUCUCUUUCUUUUCCCCAGCUCCUUUCUGUGUCUCUCUCCCCUCAACCUGUUUUGUGUGUCCUCCCCCCCCCUUCUCAGGGCCAAUUUUGUGUCUUUUUCCUACCAUGCCAUAGAAACAAAGAUAUAUAGCAACACACACAACCAUACAGGCACACAGACAUAAUUAUUCAGACACACAGUCACAGAGAUAUGCAGGCACACAAUCAAACAAACACAGUCAUACAGGCACUGAAAUACAGGCACACUGACAUACAGGCACACAGUCAUACAGUCUACACGUACAGGUACACUGUCAUACAAACACAGACAUACAGUCAUACAAUCUACACGUACAGGUACACUGUCAUACAAACACAGACAUACAGUCAUACAGACACACACAGAGACAUGCAGACACUAUCAAAAGGAGACAUACAGACACAUAGUCAUACAGAGACAUAGAUGCACUCAUACAGAGACAUAAAAAUGCAGGCAUACAGUGACACACAGAACAAGGAAUACAGAGACAUAUGGACACAGUCAUACAGAGACAUACAGGCAUGCAGAAACAUACAAAAACAGACAUAUAGUCACAUACAGUCAUACAAAACAAGGCAUACAGAGACAUAUGGACACAGCUGACUGUGCCAUCAUAUGGACCUGCUGGUCCUGUACAGUCAACAGAACUACUACACUCAUUUAUAGCUGUUCUGGUGGCUACAUAGGCCUUACAUUUAAAACUCACUUUGAAUUUUCAUUCUAUUCAUUUAAACCAUUUUUAGAAACCUUUACUACAGUGAUAAUACACUCCAUGUCGCAAACAGCCAUCACCUUGCAUUCCUACGAUUUAAAGAGAUACCCAACAUCCAACUGAAUUUGAAUCAUACUUAUCUUAUUUGUAUGCCGUAUAUGUUUUACAUUACAUUUUACUUUUCUUUUGGUAGAGUGAUGAUGAAGAUGGUGAAGAUGUCACAGACCAAAAACCAGAUAAUGCUUUGAAUGAGAAGCAUAUCAUAAUGUCACAAAGUGUGGAAUAUGGGACUAUUCAGAACCAGGAAGCAUCUACACACCCAGGAGACAUAUUUCAGCUUACUGCUGAUUCCAAGCAUUCUGACCGACCACUUUGAGAGAAACAGCCUUGCAUACAUUCCUUUUUUAUAGCUACGUAUUCCAAACAGCACCAUACAAUAUCUGCAAUGGAUGGAGACCAUGGGCUUUUGUGCAUAAAGGACAAUGGACAUGGGAACUGAGCACUAUACCGCAGUGGUGGCCAAAAUCUAGCUCUCCUUUCCAGAGCCAACUGUUCAGCGAAGCAAAUUCUUGGAGGAACUGGUGGAUUUGUACAAAUCUCUGUCUAAUCAAAAAAAAAUUACAUUUUGUAUUGACAGACAACCUCCAUCAUUUCAACCUGUGACUUAUGUUUUUUAGAUCAAUAUGGUGGUAGACAUUUCAUUGGGAUAGUGAUGUCCUGGUGGUUUGCUUGUGUUACAAUGAUCCAUACACAGACAGGUAGAAAAAAACCUGUAAUGUCCUUUAACUUAAAUUCUGCCUAUAUUUGUUGACCAAAAAAGACACUUAAUUUUUAUUUGAAAUUUGACUUAAGAAGCAAUUACAUUUUCCUCGGAACAACAUUACCUAAUCUAAAAACAGUUGUGUCCUAAUAUAUACUAUAGACCUUAGCUGUACAACAGUGGAUAAACAUGGAUUUCUGUGUGAUUGCAGGCAGGUUUGUGUACUGAUUGAGAUGGGAAAGUGUCUCAUUAUAAACAUAAUACAUAUAUCUUAUACCAUAAUAAAGAACUUGGUGCUCUGCAUAAUGAUGCUGAGUGAAAUGUAAGAUUAUAAUGUCAUUUUAUAAAGUUGUACAGUUUUAUUUUGAGUGGUAUUUUGAUAUGUAUCUCAUUUCACAGACAUGAAAGGAGUUUGUGUGUUUUGUAAGCCCAAAUCUGAAUGUAUUUUGAAUCAUCUGGAAUAGUCUCUCCCCAUAGAGCACACUUGUUCCGAAUUCCGAUCUCAUUGCAAGCUGAAGUGCUUUAUAGGUCUGAAGUGUCCCUUCAAUCCAGUUCUACUUACAUCUGUUGCACUUUCGCAUUCAGGAUGAACACUCUGCCAAAAGAUGCUUGAGGUGUGCUCCUGUGAGCUUGAUGAUCAGAGUAAUG